UGUAGGUCUAGGCCUAUAGGUCGCAUAAUAUAGGCAUUCAUGCUCAUUGUCAGACAACUAGUGUUAAUAAAAUUCAUUUUUAAUUCAACUAACUUCAUUUGCAUUUUGGAUGAUCAACAAAAGUUUUGUAUGACAGGGGUCUCCUAUAUCUACUGUAGGAUCACUGAUAGGACAAACAAGAUACACGAUGAUCUUAUUCAAGAUGGCAUCACUAGAGGGAGAAGUGAAAUCCUGAUGAAUGGUUGAAGAUUUCGGCCAGGGUGACGACCAUGCGUAUGACGGAGAUCGUCCGAUUCUUCUUCGUCCUCGUCAUCUCCUCCAUGAGCAUGACGGUUCUCUGUCAGUUCUACCUUCUCUACCAGAAGAACUACCAGGACAUCACCUUCGGAAGCAGGCAACUCAAAGGUGUGGAGCAGAAUGGAAAGGUCCUUGAGAGGGCGUUCCUCAAGCAGGUGUACCAACUGAAGGAAGGAGACAUAUCUGAGCUUCUUUCGCAUCGAUUGCAGCAGCAAGAUGAAUCCUCCGAUGACCGGAAAUAUGGCUAUGUCGAGCCUGUUGUCCAGAGAUUACACAACACCGGUAGGAAUGACAACACUACUGACGCAUCCAGGAAGAUAUUGAAAAACAACUCAAUAAUCCUGCCAGGAGAUAGAGAUGAGAUCGGGAGAAAGUUCUAUGCCAGGUUUGCCCAGGAGCUGGAGACCAAGCAAAAGAUCCUUGCAGUUUCGCCGACAAUGUCGAAGGUUCAACGAAUCAACACCUAUGCAGAAGCCUACAAGAAAUACAAUAUCUCGUCUAAGAAGGGCACGGUGGUUGCCAAAAAUAAGCGAGGAGAAACCAAGGUCUUGGUGACGCGCCCUCAUCCCUCACCUACCAAUGCAACAUAUCUGGGACCGAUGUUGGAUUUCGGUGUGGACUUUGAAGAAACUGAUGACUCCGGAGAACUGGUCCCUGGAUAUAAACGGAUGGUUCAUCCAAAAGGACACCAUAGAGAAAGGUUAAAGAAGGUCGAAGACAUAAAGACUCCUGGCAUUUUAAAUUCAACUAUUUGGAAAUCGUAUAUAGACUUGCAUGAGUACAGGUACAUCUUAAACCCGAAGCAAAAAUGCCUCACAGACGAAGGGACAUUCAAGCGUGUAUCCUUGCUAAUGAUUGUUGCAUCAGCGCCGAAGAAUUUCGAACGUCGUGACGCAAUAAGACGAAGUUGGGGGAUGGCAGGACGGAGCACCGACAUGCAUCUUGAAACCGUAUUCCUUGUAGGUGCUGUGUCUAGUAGGGAGGUCACUGAUGACCUCAGUCGCGAACUCGUCAACUACGGCGACAUCGUGCAGGAGGACUUCGUUGAUUCCUACCUAAACCUGACUAUCAAGACCGUGAUGGGUCUUAAGUGGGCCAGCAGGUACUGCCAGAAUGCCAAGUUCGUGAUGAAGACCGACGAUGACAUGGCAGUCAACACGAUCAAGAUGCUAAUUUACCUGCGAACAGCGCCCUCACGGAACUUUGUGGCCGGCAAGGCCGCCUUCAACUUUGAUAUCAUACGAGACGUGUAUAAUAAAUUCUACGUGCCAUAUUCUGUAACGAAGGAUGAUAAGUAUCCACCAUAUUGUAUCGGGAUAGGGUAUGUAAUAUCAAUGGACGUGGUUCACAAAGCCUAUAUUGCCGCACUUCAGACACCACUCUUCCCCUGGGAGGACGUCUUCUUUGGGCUUUGUCUUCGACGGAUUGGAGUGAUCCCGACCAUGAUCAAAGGUUUCAUGGGAGGAGGGUUCUUCGAUGAUGCCAAGGGAGGCAUCCUGAAGACGGAUCAUACCUCACUAAAUCGUUUAAGAUCCUCUUACGUCAUACAUGACCUCACUGUGAAGCAGCUUGGAAUGGUUUGGGGCCAGUGGGCUGGGUUAGCUCAUUCGUAACAGCUACGGCCGAAAAAAAAACACGCGCCAAUGGCCCAUAUUCUGAAUUGGG